GCACUUUUUGUAGCCAUGAAAGUGAUGUUCUCAUCACUACCCCUUUUGCCAUCUGAAAAAGCCUGAACUUCCCCUAGAACAGUCUCUUUUCCCCAAUUUGACUUCAAAUAUGUUUUCUCGGGACCAGAGUUUCCCCUCCUCCGAUCAGUCCCUUUUGCCACUAACCAAAAUAAUAUAAUCCCCCACGAAAAAGCUGAACUGUCUUUUUUCUGCGCAGAAUUCUCCCUAACUCUACUGCCAAUUUUCACCCACACUUGGAUCGCUUCCCAAUGGCAAAGGUACCCACUACUAGUCUGGUCACUUUCCCUUCUUCUCAUCUUUCAUUAAUUACUCAAAAAUCCCACAUCCACCACUAAUAGUAUCAUAUUCAUAUCAUAUUACAUGUAAGCUUAAUUUUGCAACUCAGUUUCUCCAUCAACUUUCCUCUCUCCCUUUAUUUCUCCCCCAAUAUCUCUCCCUCAGACACGCACACACUGUCCAUGACGCAAUUCACACCUUCUUUCCACCAAAUCGCACCCAUCCCAAACCCUACCAUGAACAAGAACCAAAUUCCUAGGACUAGGCCAUGGCCUGCAGGGUUCCCUACCUCCAAGGCUUUAACCAACUUCGGUGACGCCAACUGCAUGGAACAGUUACUCAUUCACUGCGCCAACGCCAUCGAGACCAACGACGUAACCCUCGCGCAACAGAUCCUAUGGGUCCUAAACAACAUAGCACCCCCUGACGGCGACUCCAACCAACGCCUCGCCUCCAGCUUCCUCCGCGCCCUCACCGCCCGCGCCGCCAAAACUGGCACCUGCAACAUGCUCGUCGCCGUAGCCGCCGCGGACACACACAAUAACGACGACCUCACCAUGGACACGCACAAAUUCUCCGUCAUCGAGCUCGCCAACUUCGUCGACCUAACCCCCUGGCACCGCUUCGGCUUCACCGCCGCCAACGCCGCCGUUCUCGAAGCCACCGAGGGAUUCUCCGUCAUCCACAUCGUCGACUUGAGCUUAACGCAUUGCAUGCAGAUUCCCACGCUCAUCGACGCCGUCGCUAGCCGCCACGACGUGCCGCCGCUGAUCAAACUCACCGUCGCCGACGCUAGCUUCAGGGACAUCCCUCCCAUGCUGGACCUCUCCUACGACGAACUGGGCGCCAAGUUGGUCAAUUUCGCUAGGUCCAGAAACGUGGUCAUGGAAUUCAGAGUGGUUUCUUCCAGUUACCAAGACGGGUUCGCGGGUUUGAUUGAACACUUACGAGUGCAACAGCAGCACUUGCUUUAUACUGGGGAACCUCGUCCAAGUGAAGCUUUGGUCAUUAACUGUCACAUGAUGCUUCAUUACAUCCCUGACGAAACCCUAUCUGGGAUUCACGAAACAGACUUAACCUCGUUCCUCUACGAUUCUUCUUCUGCUGUUACUUCCACUUCCUCGCUGCGAUCGUUGUUUCUUAAAUCCCUGCGGGGUUUGGACCCAACCGUUGUGAUUUUAGUUGACGAGGAUGCGAAUUUGACUUCUAAUAACCUUGUUUGCAGACUAAGAUCCGCGUUUAACUACCUAUGGAUACCUUAUGACACUGUGGACACGUUCCUUCCGCGAGGGAGCAAGCAAAGGCAGUGGUACGAAGCGGACAUUGGGUGGAAGAUUGAGAAUGUGAUAGCGCAUGAAGGGGUUCAGAGGGUGGAGCGGGUGGAGCCCAAGAACAGGUGGGAGCAGCGAAUGAAGAAUGCGAGCUUUCAAGCGGUGGCUUUCAGUGAGGACUCUGUGGCGGAGGUGAAGGCCAUGCUGGAUGAACAUGCUGCGGGGUGGGGAUUGAAGAAGGAAGAUGAACACAUUGUGCUCACUUGGAAAGGACACAAUGUCGUAUUUGCCUCUGCUUGGUUACCUGCUUGAACAUUUUUUGCUGCUUAAUUUGUACCCGACAUUAUUGUUUUCCUAUUUAAUUACUCUUUGCUCUUUAGUUUCUUAAUUAGUUACAUUGUACCUUUAAGAGUAAAUAAGUAGAUCAGAUCAGUUAUUUGUAGGUCUCUCUUGUCAUCGUUUUAGAUUGUAUCAUUAAUGCAGUUUUUUAAUA